UUCAAAAUGGCGGAGGACAUUGUAAAGCAUUCAGUGCAUACACUUGUGUUUCGAUCCCUCAAAAGAAGUCAUGAUAUGUUUCUUCACGACAACUCCCUACCGAUGAAAAGGGACAAAGAAAGUGACCAAGUGAAAAGUAUGUGUAAAAUUCGUGAUGAGUAUUUUUUGGUGAAAGAUUUGGUAUCACCUAAAGAAACUUUGACUUCAACUAGAAAUCCUGUGACAGGUGCUUAUUCCUCAAAUCAAGUUUCAGAGGUACCUCCCCUAAUACAAGGGACACAUCCAUAUCCAUCAACCCCAGGUGUAGCAUUGACUUUGGAAAUGGCAGUAAAUAACAGAUCUCCCUCAAAAGCUGGAGUUGAACAAUUGAUGUCAAAUCUACCAUCUACAACAUCACAGUUCCACUCACAUAAGGAGAGUUCAGGUGUUAUGGACAUUCAACAGAAGGCUCUGGCCACUGGUGGCAAAGAACGACUUGGCCCUCCAUCCAAAGCACUGGUAUCUGUAGGUGGAACCAAACCAUCAACAGCUUUGGUUCAACAGAAGAAGGCAGCAACUCUACCCAAACCACAGUGGCAUCCACCUUGGAAACUAAUGAGGGUAAUCAGUGGUCAUACCGGUUGGGUGAGAUCAGUAGCUGUAGAGCCUGGUAACCAGUGGUUUGCUACAGGAUCUGCUGACAGGACCAUCAAGAUCUGGGAGCUUGGAAGUGGCAAGUUAAAGUUGUCACUUACAGGUCAUAUAAGUACUGUCAGGGGAUUAGCAGUCAGUCCAAGACAACCUUAUCUGUUUUCAUGUGGAGAAGACAAGCAAGUCAAAUGUUGGGACCUGGAGUACAACAAGGUUGUGCGACACUACCACGGACACUUAAGUGCUAUUUAUUCACUGGAUCUUCAUCCUACAAUUGAUGUAUUGUUAACUUGUGGUAGAGAUGCAACAGCCAGGGUAUGGGACAUGAGAACCAAAGCCUGUAUUCACACACUGACAGGCCAUACAAGUACGGUAGCAGUUGUUAAGUGUCAAGCUGUGGAACCUCAGGUUAUAACGGGAAGCCAUGAUUGUACUAUUCGUCUGUGGGACUUAGCAGCUGGAAAGUCUAAAGUUACACUCACUAAUCACAAGAAAAGUGUCCGAUCAGUUGUGUUACAUCCAACACAGUUUUCAUUUGCAUCAGCAUCUCCUGACAACAUCAAACAAUGGAAGUUCCCAGAUGGAAAUUUUCUUCAGAAUCUUAUUGGACACAACUCCAUAGUGAAUUGUAUGGCAGUUAACUCAGAUGGUGUUUUGGUUUCGGGAGGCGAUAAUGGUACCAUGCACUUUUGGGACUGGCGGACUGGGUACAACUUUCAACGUUUACAGGCAUCUGUGCAACCAGGUUCACUUGACAGUGAAGCUGGUAUCUUUGCAAUGACCUUUGACCUGAGUAGCAGUCGACUUAUCACAUGCGAAGCUGAUAAGACCAUCAAGAUAUACAAAGAGGAUGACACUGCAAGUGAAGAAACUCAUCCUGUAAACUGGAAACCUGAAAUCUUGAAGAGAAAGCGAUAUUAAGCAGCUGUGUCCAGCCGAUUGUAUGAAGAAAGACAGACAUCUUGUAUACUUUCUAUACACAGUUCAUGGCCUGUGAAAUUUUUCCUGCUGUUGUGAAGAUACCUAAGAUGUUAAAAGAGAGACACCGGAUAUCUUGAAUAUUUUAAAGUUGUAAAUAAAAUUUCCUUGAACAAA